AUGCCGUCUGCUGAUCUGAAAACGUCUUCCUGUAUCCUUUCCGUCCGAGCUCGAACCCUGAUCACAAUCAACGGUGGAUUUGUGAUUGGCGAGGGCCCAAAUACGGAGAGGUCCGAUUUCCCGCAGGGCUACACCUUCUACCGGGAGCCAGCCUCCGUUGUCGUCCAUGGAAACUUUCUUCGCUAUCCAGCCGUGCUGAAGAGUAUCAAUUUCAUCGGAGAAGAAAAUACGAUGUACCGUCCACGUCUUCUUUCUUCAAGGUUCAACUGCUCGUAUGAGUACAUUUUGAAACAUUCUAUUGUGGAAGGUGUCUCUUUCCAAGGAUACAGCUUCCGACGGCUCUUCCCUUUCAACUGCCUUGUGAAUCCAGCUACAACAGCUCCGCCGCCGUCAACAACGGCGCCGGCUCCAUUGGUCAGAUGCAAGAACAAUGGUGUCUUUAUCAAGAACCUUGACGGUUCCACCUACUGCUACUGUACUGGACUGUUCAGUGGCCCUGAUUGCGGCACAAGACUUUGUACUAAUGGAGGCUCACUGGAUGUGGCUAACAAUAAGUGCCUCUGUACUGAUGGCUUUGCGGGUGAUUUUUGUGAAAACGUGCACUGCAAUGACAACACCGGCUUAGGCUUCGACGCAGAACAUCCCACACUUACGCUGGUGAUUCGAACUCGCACCCAACUGGGCGAUGUAAUCACACAGGUAUCGAAUGCUGUUGCGGCCGUGAUCAACGACCUCACGUUCGAUCCCACUUAUCUUCGGCGUUUCGUGCUAGUGCUAUUCAAUAACAAUCGGAUAACAACAACGCCGUACUCCGAUCCCAAUUCGCUAUUGAGCGCUCUGAAUGACGCUGCAAGGACGAGCGAUUCGAACGGGACCUGUGUUGAUAUGGACUUCGUGGCGCUCACUGCCGCUCUAUCACAGUAUCUCACCUAUAAGUCGCCGGUGUACGUGAUCACGGACGCGCUGCCCAAUGACGGCACACAAGUUGAUGAUGUCUACAUUUGGUCCCCAACGAUGGAGAUCUCGUGUUUUCGUCGUGGGAACAUUACCGGAACGGAUGUUACCGACCUUAGCAUCGACGAUCCUGCUUACGCGCAUGGAUACUGCAACGUUUCGCUCCUACUUACGACUCCAGACGGGGACUUUGCAACGGCUACUGAGCAAUACCAUGACGGAUUGAACCAUAUCUGGGUUUACAACGGACCACAUAUUGGCAAUUGGAUGUUCUCGUUCCGCUCAACUGCGGCCACACAGUCGUGCAACUACAAGGUCUAUCAGUCUAUGUAUCACACACCUGGAUUCGAUGCUCAAAUGGAUUUGUUCUGGUCAACCUCUAUCAACAUUGACUCAGAUGCUGGCCUGUCACAGCCAUUAUUCGGUCUUCAACAUGCGUUCGUGAUGCACCUCACCAACUAUCCGGUCGGUGUUCCGCCAGAACGAGUGCAGGCUACUCUGACUAUAAACGCAGUUCGUAACGGAAAACCAACACAGGUGUACGCCUCAAACGGGAUUUGGCGCGACCUUUGCACUUACAACUUUUAUUUCCCACCGUUCAUGUGUCGAAUGCCCAACGAACUUCUUCAUUUCAACUUUUUCGCUCAAGAUCUACAAGGAUUCGCCGUGCAACGUGCAGGUGUCAUGUAUUGCGCAGAAAGUGAGUCUCUU